UCUGAGGCAGCAGAAUGCAAGUUUGUCUGUGCAAAUAAAGAAAAUCUAUUUUUACUCAAAGACUGCUGAUACACCAGCACUUAAGUCCAUUUACACUACCAGACAUGUAGCUGGUGUUCACAGUUGCAGAGCAUAACCAAGCAGUGGCAGAGCUGUUUAAAUCCCUAUUUAUUCCCUAGUUAUAUGACGAUUGGCGUUGGUUUGUCUGUCUGUUAGCAACAUUACUGAAAUAACGAACUAACAGAUUUGGAUGAAAUUUUCAGGAAAGGUCAGAAAUGACAUGAGAACCAUUUGAUUAGACUUUGGCAGUGAUGCGGCUUAUAGUCUGGAUCCACGGAUUUGUUAAAGAUUUCUGUAUCAUUGUGAGAUAAUGGCAUGGCGUCACUGUAACUAUGACAAGUGAACACUACGUCAGCAGCUGCCUACUGAUGAUCACAUGAUUGCGAUCCGACUACAAAUUCACCACUGCAGACUAAUGCGGACGUAUAUGUUGGAAGUCAUACAGGGAACAAUUGAUUAAGUUGUGGGGGUGUUUCCCAGUCAUUUCAAUUCCCGUCGCUGCUCCAUAUUUAGGUCAGAUUCGGUAUCCGUACAUAAUGUACAUAUGCAUAACAUACGCCUGUGCUCAGCGCAAGGUCAUUUUGUUUGUGGGUACAUCUAUUUUAAAUUACCACAUUCUAUGUUGCUGUAAUUUUUAAUCGUUAAUAACUGAUGAACAAAUGAUGCAUUUAUUUGAAAAAUAUGCUGUAUUUCUGACAACUCCAUGUGGGGAAAUGAACAGCCAUGAUGAAGUACUGCGCUCUCUGAGUGUUUUUCUAGUUGUAAAUGCUGUGGACCUACUGCACAUUUAAAAAAACAGCAAACAGAUUUUUAUGACUUGUUACUUUUGUGUAAUACGAGUAUUUAACUUUUGAAUUUUUCACCCUUAAUGGGUUCUUAAACUUCCCAUCCAGACAUGUCUGGAAGGUAAUCUGCUGUGAAUAAUGAUUAUUAUUGAUUCAUUUUAAUCCAUAAAAUGGCUCAGUUAGACGUUUAGUAAUUCUUAAAAUAACAUUAAGACACUUUCAGUUAAUGUGAAAUCCGUAAUAUGUUCAUCCAUACACCCAUCCAUUAUCUAUAGUCCUCUUAAUCCGCAUUAGAGUUGCAGGGCAGCUGGAGUCUAUUCCAGAUGAAUGAAGGCAGGAGAUACCAUGCACAGGUCACCAGUCUAUCACAGGGCUACACAGAGUCAAACAAGCACGCUCACAUUCACACCUACAGGGAAUUGAGAAUCACAAGUUAACCUUCCUCCCCCAGUCCAAUGUCUUUGGAGUGGGGGAGGAAGCCAGAGAACCUGAUGAAAACUCACUGCACAGGUAGAACAUGCAAACUCCACACAGAAAGAUCCCAGGCUCAGGCCGGGACGUGAACCAGGGACCUUCUCCAGAAUAUGUCCCUAUUUUUAAUCUACAAAAGUUUCCAAAGUGUAAGAUGAGUUGCCUAUUGGAACUGUACUUGUCUUCAAACUAGCAGUCAUGCUUGAAGGUACCUUAAACUCAUUUCUUAGUAGAGAGACCGUCCACACCUUGAACAUACAUCAUUCUGUAUAAUAAAGCUCACACAUCCAAGAGAAAUAAUAUUGACUCAAACCAUAUAUUUUACUGGAGACUAAGUGUUUUUAUUCUGAUCUCAAGAAAAAUGUUGCUUACCAAAGAGUCAAUUUAUAAACCUAAAAUAUCUGUGGAAAACUAAUUUUAGAGUUACAAAAAGUUUCAGUAGAGGGAGGGAACUUCAAUCGAAUUUCAAGCAAACCGUUUUCGUCUUUCCACAGGCACAGGAAGCGUAGGAGGACCUUCACAAGUGCACUUUGGAGUCACAUCAAUAUUUUGUCAUCAGAUGUUGUCAUCAGUGAGUUGGUAGAUGUUGUUCCAGUGUAAACACCAAUUUUUUCCAGACCUGUCAUUACAGAGUUGCAUUUCAGCCUCAGGGCCGGGAGUCCACAGGACAGACUGAGCGAGCUGCAGCAUUUGAAAAUGCCUGCUUUGCAAGAGGAUGGGUGGAGUCAGUCAGUAAAUGGAGAUGGGAGACAUAGGAGGGGGGCUUGAAGACCUUAAAGUCUCCGUCCUGCAAACAAAAAAAACCUCAAUCUAAUCUUCUUCACAUUCAUAUUUGUGAAACUAGUCAAUAAAUAGAAAUGUCUGUGGGGGUGUAAAAUGUUUUGCACAAGACUGCCUGAGACCACAGGUGUUGGAUGUAAAUGACAGCAAAACAAAAGCCUGUUUGCUCUGCUGAAAGGCCCACAGCAGGGGUUUAUUGAAUGAAGCAGAUAAACUGUUACCUCUGUCUCACUGUUGCUGUUUUGUCAUGAACAUCGAUACAUUCUAAUCAGUAGAGUUUUAAUGCUUCCCCAUUGGCAAGAAUUAUGUAUGCAUGCCUCUGUUCAUUUGGCUUUCUUAUGCAGUCUCCUUUAACUCAACGGCUCAGUCAACAGAGAUUCAGACUGGACUUUCACAUGACUGCCCCGCCAUUGAUUUCCAUUAAAUUGAUUUGUCCUGCAUUAAUGCAUUUUUAAAAGCAGCAGCGCGGUCUGCAAGAAGCUGCCUAAAACGUACCGUGAGAUUUGCGCCUGUUUUAGCAGAUCCUGACGUAAAUGCGCAAUUUCAUUUCUUUUACAAACAACACAUGACGGGACUGCGCGUCGAGCUGAAACACCCGUUUAAACAAGGCUUUAACGUUAACCGCCACCCUCCCCCUCUUUCUGGGCCUGUUUUGAAACCGGAGUGGUGAGUCACUCCUCUCUCGGUUUAGAAAAACAGAUCCGGCGGGGCUGGGGCCCGGCGGGGGGAUGGGAGGCCGGCGGUGGAUGAACACCGGAGGUGGACGCAGCUGGACUCCCACUCUCAGGGACCCCACAUCCUGACAACGGCCCGGAGCGUUCCCAUAGUGACUGGGGCUGCUCUUAGAGGGAAAAACACCGCCGGAGUGAAUUGAAAUGCGCAUCUUUCCAGACUAAACUGGCUGCAGACGAUUCAUUGUUGUUUGAAAGGAGAGUCAAAAAUGGUCACCUCAUCCCAUUUCCAAAAUAAAGUUUACUGUAUAUGCUCCCAUUUUGUUCUGGUUGCUGCAAGGAUGAAAAGGGCCUACUUGAAUCCCUAUUGUAUUUUUAACCUUUUAUUAAAUAGACAUUCACAUUGGAGUAGAAACUAAUGAGCAGCAAUAUGCGUCGUUGAGAACACUAAUUAUUUUUGCAGCCCUGAUACCCUAAGCAAUGUCAGAAUAUUCAAUUAACCAUUUAUAAAGUGAUUUAUGUGCAAAAAUCUGGUAUAUGCUACAAGGCUGUGAAACUACAUGAACUCCACAUACAAAUGACAUCUCCAUUUUGUAGCCUACAGGCAUUAUGAGUUUACAUAUUAAACUAAUUAUUGCUAUUUAUUUAGGGUCUCUUCCCUCCUUUACCGACACCACAGCCCACUCGACCCCCCCUCCACCUUUCCCGCCCAAAAGCCUCGGGGGUUCGAAUCCUGGCCUUUUCUAAUACGCUGGAUCGAUGUCUCCAUGACAACUGUUGCCCCGGACAACCAGGGAUGCUCCGGGUGCUGAGCUGAAUGCCAUGCGCAAUGCGGAAACGCGCAACAGCCUGGGACCUGCAUCAGGAAAAAUACAUUUUGAGAGCUUUAAGACUGAAAAUAUGAAAUAUGUUGCAAAAAAUCCCAAAACAAAACACAAUUGCACGACAGUAAAACAGUGUGCCAUGCAGCAUCUCCAACAUCAUGUAGGCUGUGACAACUUGCCAACAUUGCACUUUACAUUUCAGCCGUUAGAUGGCAGCAGCGUAUCUUUAAUAAAAACCCGUGUCUACAAGGAACUCGGAAGCAAACAUUAAAAUGUAAAGGAUUUUCAGCAGAAAGAGAGGACACGAAGAUCGAGAAGAGCUGCUUUGUCGCCCUACGCGGAGGUAAAAUUCGCGUUCACGCCUCACGUACUCUCUCUAAACUUUGCUCUGUCCUGGUGCUUUGACUGAUAAAGUUUGAUUUUGAAACGUGUCCCACUACUAUAAUGAUGGCGGCGGAUCAAACUGUGGCCGGAGUCCCCCCUUCGUUGUCUGCCAAAGUGGUUGGGUCAUUUGCUUAUUUGACUGUAAGAGACAGAUUGCCGACAAUCCUCACUAAAGUUAUUGACACAAUACAUCGCAACAAAAACAAGUUUUUUGAAGAAUAUGGAGAGGAUGGUAUCCAGGCAGAGAAGCAAACAAUAUCUCUGCUGUCUAAGCUGAGGAAUGAGCUUCAGACUGAUAAGCCAGUGCUAGCAUUGACAGACGGCCUGCCAGACACAGAGUCCUGGAACCAGUACCUGAACAGACAACAGAGACUGCAAGGAGACCAGGAGUCUGUCAGCUGGUUCAAGUCUGCUUGGCUUUAUGUGGAGUGCUACAUGUACCGCAGGAUACAGGAGGCCCUCCUGCUCAAUCCUCCCAUCAGUGACUAUGAUGUCUUUAAUGAAGGAAAGACUCAAAGCUUCUUUGAGUCUCAGCAGGCUGUGAUGGCCUUAUGCACAUACUUGGAGGGUGUCAAUAAGAACAUAGAUGAGCUCUCUAAGAAUCAGCUGUUUGAGCAUUUCAACAAACUACUGCAGGUUUCUCUUUGGGGGAACAAGUGCGACCUGUCUAUCUCUGCUGGACAAGAGAACUCCCAGAAGACGAGUCCGUUAGAUUCCCUCAGCAGCUUACAACCCUUCAUCUUGGUGGAUGACUCCAACAUGGUGUGGUCGACGCUUAUUUCUGCCCAGAAGCCGGGAGAGUCGGGAAAAACCACUGCAGACAGAGUGGACAUUGUGCUAGACAAUGCUGGCUUUGAGUUAAUCACUGAUUUGAUCUUUGCAGAUUUCCUGGUUUCUUCUGGCCUCGCACGUCAGAUUCAUUUUCACGGAAAAUCAUUCCCGUGGUUUGUCUCUGAUGUCACAGCCAAUGAUUUUCAGUGGACCAUUCGGCAGACUAUGGCAACCAAUCACAAGUGGAUGUCCAAGAGUGGUUUCCAGUGGCAGACCUAUCUGAAAGAGGGUGUGUGGUGCUACCACGACCAUCCUUUCUGGACACAGCCCCAUGAGUUCUGCGACAUGGCAGCUGAUGCUCCUGACCUGUAUGCCACGCUGCAGGGGGCAGACCUGGUGCUGUUCAAAGGUGAUCUCAACUACAGGAAGCUGACAGGAGACAGGGAGUGGGACCACACAGUGGCCUUUCAUACUGCACUACGGGGUUUUGGGCCUGCGCCACUGUGUAGCCUGAGGACUCUCAAGGCCAACGUUCAGGUUGGUUUGCAGUUGGGCCAAGGGGAGAAGCUGACCUCCCAAGAUCCAAGUUGGAUGACCAGUGGCAAGUAUGCUGUCAUUCAGUUCAACUCAAAGUCGGAAUAGAGAGACUGACCUCAGCAUCUUGCUGGAAAGACUUGGAUUUGAAAGAACAUUGCAGUAAGGAGUUACCUUUAAGCCAUAAGACAAUUUACUUAUAAGUCUGCUAAAUGGUGUCAUUGCUCCUUGUCGUCUCUUAGCACUUGAUCAAGUUUGAUAUGGAAAUGCACAUGAAGAUUUAAUAAUUAUUUUCACAACAAAUUUAUAUCAUCUCAUGUUUGAAAUGUUAGCACUUAUAGAUGAGAUGCUUCACGGUGAUUGAAUUUCAACAAUUGUUUCAAAUUUAUCCUUUGAAGUAAUAUAUCAAGUGUGGCUUUUUUAUAACAGGCGGCUAACAUGCUGAGCGCCCGGAAUGAAGUCACGAUGUUUACAGAUCCAUGUAGAUACAAUUCCUGAGGUAAAAGUGAAUAACAAUUGGGCUUAACAAAUCUGCAUCCUAGAGCAGUAAAACAUUUGCACGCAGGUGAGCAGAGCGGUGAUAAAUGUAAUUUAUAUUAUUUCUAUUCACUCAGGUUGUUUUACUGUUGCACUCGGUGUCAUUGAUAUGCAUGCAUCAAAUCAAGCAGCCAGCCACUGAAUUAAUGAAGCACAUCAUAACAUCAUUUAAUGCCUGUGUUCCUCAGUUUAAUGGAUAAUUUUUUUUUAUUGCGGCAAUGUAAAAAUAACAGUGACAUGUGCUUGUUUUGUUCAAAAUGAAAACCCAGACCUCUGCAUCGUUAUAGAUAAAAGUGGAUGUCUUUGUGCACACUAUGUCAUUUACAACCUCACUGUGGUGUCCUUUACCACAGAGCUGAUGCUAACUGGAUUUUAGUCAGUGCUGCUGGAGCAAAGUAUGUUAGUUUCAUUAAGUGUUUUUGUUCAAUAAAUGACUGCAACUGGU